AUGAUGCGCCUGGAGAGAGUCGUCGCUGCAGCCACGAUAAGAAAGUUGUCGCCGCUGCGAUCUGAGCGGCGAUGGCGUCAGGUGCGAGGCCCAAAUUCGAUUAUAGCUAACUGUGAGAAAGCGGCUGCCGAUAGGAGUGGGGCUGUUGGCGUUCUCGAUUUCUACCGUCGCGCCGACAUGGGUAAUUUUUGUAAGAGACAGGGUGGUGGCGCUGAAUUGAUAUUUGGCGGUGGUCCGACUGAAUUUACAGUAGCAGCUGGAAAAGGAAUAAUAAGUGCAGAUGAUGGAGGGCUUUGCGUGGAGUGUGGCUACUCGAGGUAUUUAGUGUGGCUGCUGGAGGUGGGUCCAAUAAUGUAUCGCAGCAAAACCAUUUUUGAGGAUGCAACUCCUGAGCUGGUCAGAGAUUUUUUUUGGGAUGAUGAGUUUCGGCCUAAAUGGGAUCCUAUGCUUGCUUACUUCAAAAUAUUAGAAGAAUGCCCUCAUACAGGGACCCUGGUAGUCCACUGGAUUAAAAAGUUCCCUUUUUUCUGCAGUGAUCGAGAGUAUAUUAUUGGUAGAAGAAUAUGGGAAGCAGGAAGAAAUUAUUAUUGUGUGACUAAGGGGGUACCUUAUCAAACUUUGCCAAGGCGAGACAAACCUAGAUGUGUGGAUCUUUAUUUCUCGAGCUGGAUUAUAAAGCCUGUGCAAUCGCGUAAAGGAGAUGGCCAGUUAUCUGCAUGUGAGGUCACACUUAUUCACUAUGAAGACAUGGGAAUCCCGAAGGAUGUUGCCAAGUUGGGUGUUCGACAUGGAAUGUGGGGAACGGUUAAAAAGUUGCAUGGUGGCUUCAGAGCGUAUCAAAAUGCUAGAAAAUCUGAGCCAUCAUUGUCCAGGUGUGGUUUGAUGGCAAGAAUCACAACAAAAUUUUCGUCCAUCGAAGGAAAUAAUCCUCUAGAGCCCAGAGUGGGCGAGGAAGAGAGAGAUGAAGUUGUGGAGACCGAGAGACAGAGAGAUUGUGGUGGAAUUGAUUGGAGAUGGAUGGCUGUUGGUGGAGCCGUUGCUCUUAUUUGUGGACUCCAAACAGGACUGAUAGGAAAAGCUAUGUUAGUUGGAGCCGGGCAAAGAGUUGCUCGGAGACGGUAA